GUGGCACGUGACAGGGAGAAGCCUCGGCUCGAUGCACAGAAUGCGGGGAUGACGCGGCUGCCACUGCGACCGCCCCUGCGACCGCCGAUCACGAUCGCCAUCCACUGCCACUCACCGACAGCUACUCCUUAUCUCUGACCUCCCACCACAUCAGUCAUCAACACACUCAACACACCUAUAUCAGCACACCAUGUCGCACCUCUCUUCCAACCCAAUUCCAUUCGCAGAGCCACCCUAUCUAUGUGGCCUCCCAUCACCAUACUACUCAACUGGCCAUCGUCGAUUCCAACAAGCGUGUCGCGCGUUCCUCUGGGAGCACCUACUCAGUCAUGCAACGGAUUACGAAAAGGCAGGCGAGGUCCCCAAACACGUCUUCGAAACCUUCUGCAAACACAACAUGUUGAUCCCGAACAUGGGCGCCCCGUUGCCGGUCGACUGGCUGAAGCGCUUGGGGAUCCACGACAUUCUGGGCGUCAAGGUGGAGGAGUGGGAUUAUCUAUACUCUGGGAUCUACUUUGAUGAGCUGUCACGGUCCGGUUUGGCUGGGCCUGGAGCGUCCCUCAAUGCCGGCUUUACCUUUGCUAUUCCUCCCGUCCUCAAAUACGGCAGUCCUGAACUGAAGGAACGCUUCCUCCCCGCCCUUCUGACCGGUCACAAGCGCUGCUGUAUCGCCAUCACGGAGCCCGAAGCAGGAAGCGAUGUCUCCAACAUCACAACGACGGCCACAAAGACGGCCGACGGGCAAUACUACCUGGUCAAUGGCGCCAAAAAGUGGAUCACCAACGGGAUCUGGUCGGACUACGCGACCAUGGCCGUCCGGACCGGCGGCCCGGGCGCAUCCGGUCUAUCAGUCAUGCUGGUCCCAUUGAAAGGCCACCCCGGGGUCAACAUGCGCCGGCUGAAGGUCACCGGCCAGCUCACCGGCGGAACAACCUAUAUCGAGCUGGACGAUGUGAAGGUGCCCGUGGGUAAUUUGAUCGGUCGCGAAGGCGACGGGAUGCAAAUGAUCAUGACCAACUUCAACCACGAGCGGCUCUCCAUCGCAGUCGGAGUCACGCGACAAGCCCGCGUGGCCCUUUCGAGUGCCUUCCAAUAUUGUCUUAAGCGGGAGGCCUUUGGCAAGACGCUGAUGGACCAACCGGUUGUGCGACAUCGACUGGCCAAGGCUGGUGCUGAACUGGAGACGCUGUGGGCAUUUCUGGAACAGCUGCUCUACCAAGUGUGUCAUUUGCCCAAGGAAGAGGCAGAUAAGAAGCUGGGUGGGAUCACUGCACUCGCCAAGGCCAAGGCGGGGAUGGUACUGAACGAAUGUGCGCAGUGCGCGGUUCUGUUGUUUGGCGGAGCUGGGUUCACACGCAGCGGACAGGGUGAGCUGGUCGAAGCGAUUCUCCGAGAAGUGCCUGGUGCUCGGAUUCCUGGGGGAAGUGAGGAUGUUCUGCUGGAUCUCGCAGUGCGACAGUUGGUGAAACUUUAUCAGAAGGGGGAGAAGCAGCUGAGGUCGAAGAUUUAGACGGACAUCAGGCUGGGAUUUCUCACCUUUGGUUUUGGUUACAGUGUAUAUUACGGUUAGACAAAUUCGACACUGAUUUCGACAACCUGGUGUUUCAUCCAUUCGCAAGAUCGGGGUGAAGUCUGGAAGCAAGGGCUUAUCAGUCCCGCUGCAGCUCCUUAUCGGAUCGUCCAGCCACGGCCCCGAUCAGGUGCUCGA